GAAAAAGAAUCGAAGCAGACAAAAUCAAAACAGACACGCACACUAUCGAACAUGGCGGCUUCCGCGGAACACGCCGUGUCGUCUUCAACGUCACAAAUCGACGCAAUUUCAGAUUCCGAACUGCGAGGCUCUGCUUCGGACGAUGACGACGGAGACGAGCCGGCCGGACCGAGGAUCCUGGACACCCCGCAGGACAUCCGGCUGGAGGCGGUCGCCAACACGGUGGCCGCGCACCCGAACCGAGACGUUUUGGUUUGCGGGGACGUGGACGGGGACGUGUACGCCUUCGCCUAUUCGUGCGCGGCUGGCGAGAACCGCGAGCUGUGGUCUUCCGGGCACCACCUGAAGUCGUGCCGCCAGGUGCGCUUUUCCGAGGACGGCCUGCAGCUGUACAGCGUCUCCAGGGACAAGGCUGUCCACGUGCUGGACGCGGAGAGCGGGCGCCUGGUGACCAGGAUCCGGGGGGCCCACCAGGCUCCCAUCAAUAGUCUGCUGCUGGUGGACGCCAACAUUCUGGCCACGGGAGACGACGGCGGAACGCUGAAGGUGUGGGACACGAGGAAAGGCUCGGCCAUCAUGGACGUCAAGCACCACGGGGACUACAUCGCCGACAUCGCCGUGGACGACGCCAAGAGGAUCCUGCUGACCGCCAGCGGCGACGGCACCAUGGGCGUCUUCAACAUCAAGAGGCGGCGCUUCGAGCUGCUGUCGGAGCCCCAGAGCGGCGACCUGACGUCGGUGGCGCUGAUGAAGCGGGGCAAGAAGGUGGUGUGCGGCUCCAGCGAGGGCACGGUCUACAUCUUCAACUGGGACGGCUUCGGCGCCACCAGCGACCGUUUCGCCCUCCGGGCCGAGUCGGUGGACUGCGCGGCCCCGAUCGACGACAACAUCGUCUGCACCGGCUCGACGGACGGCUACAUCAGGGCCGUCAACAUCCUCCCCAACCGCGUCGUCGGCUGCGUCGGGCAGCACGCGGGCGAGCCCGUGGAGGAGCUGGCCAAAAGCCGGGACUCGCGCUUCCUGCUCAGCACGGGCCACGACCAGCUGGUCAAGUUCUGGGACGUGUCGGCGCUGGCGGCGACCGUCGUCGACGAGUACCGCAAGAGGAAGAAGAAGGACGGACGCAUGAAAUCGCUUUCCAAGAAGGCCGCCGGGGAGAGCAACUUUUUUGCGGGACUGGUGGACGAGCCGCAGACGAAGGAGGUGGAAAAAGAAGAGGACGAAGACGACGACAGCGACAGCGAUUAGCGGUCAAUUUGACGCGGGAACGUGUGGCGCGCAGUCACGAGGUUGAGGGUUCAAGUCCGGACUGCGUUUGCGUGUCCUCUCUUCACUCUUGGGGUUUUUGCGGACGUAAUAAAAGACAUUUAUCGGAGUAAAAGUUUUGAAUGUAUUUGUUGUUUUUCAGCGGCGGAAAGUAACAAAGUACAAGUACUCGCGGGGAAGUGACGUCAAUGUUUUUCGAUCCUUUUAAUCGCUACUGCUAAUAAUGGUGUGUUGCGUGUAUGCUGCUCAAGUUGUGUGCGCCUUUUUUGUAAUUUGUUGAGUUUUAAAAUUGGACUAAUUAUUUCGGGCGCCAUUGGGGUGUGAGGGGAGGAGCUAAUUGACCCCUCCGUACAGGGCACUUAACCACGCCUCCCGAAGCCACGUGCGCCGACGUAAGACAACCAAUUGGAAAAAAUGGCGGCGCAGCACAAAAAAGAAACGGGCGAGACGGUCCGAUUUACCGGCUGAUUUCUCACUCGCGUUCUUAGCUAACAGUGAAAUAUGGUCGAAAAGCAGACAGCGGGGCUUCAAGUCCUUCAGCGAGGGGUAUUGGAACGACAUUUCCAUGCCUAUCGACGGAGAAACCACGGAAAUUAGCGCCAGGUCUUUUUCCGGAGUCAAAGGAAGACGGAGCAGCCGCAUACGUUGCAUCCGCAGUCGAAUCCCGCAAGGACAUCCGUCAAGCGGGUGUUUCCGGAUCCCGUUCACGUAUCGUUGGGCCGGUAAUAGCGUUACGACGACGGCAGAUGAAGGGCUUCACAGAAGCGUCGUCCCGACUGGCGCGCGCAUCUCUUCCGGAGCAACGGAGCAAGCCGAGAGGUCAGAAGAUCGAGCCCGGCUGCGGUUCCACGAGUUGUACUUGUCAACCCCAAACUUGCAAGAAAGAAAAGACCCGUGAGGAACAGACUGCAGAAACAUUAAAGUCCACCAAAAAGAUGUUGACGAGCGUUCAACGGCCUACGCGGCGUCCAGCCCAAGACUGACAUUGAACGCUCAUCUGGGUACAGUGCCUGUUGCCAGUGGUCUUGCAACAUCUAUUUCCUUAUCAGAAAUGGAUCCAGCAAACAGCAUGGAGCUAAAUAUAACGGACCCUCUGGGAUCUACAGCAACUAAGGCUUUGAGCGCGUUACGCCAUUUGCCACGUUCUUUGAACUAAAAGAUGCAAAGACAGUCGGGACCCGUUGCGGAAACGGAGCCUUCCCUCAAUCGGCAAAAGUUAGGCCAGCUGAUUUCUUCAAGACACGGUUCACUGAACUACAUCAAGAACAGCGUAUCAAGAUUGAAGAAAGCACAAGGGACCAAGCCAACGGUACUCUGACGGCAUCAAAUUUUGGAGCAAUUGCGCAAAGAAAGAAAAUUACCGACUAAUUUCUGACGGAAUUAACGGAGCCGAAGCGUUUCAGCUCAGUGCAAACUUUGUAAGGACCCAAAAAAAUGAAAAAGCGGCAGUUGCACAAUAUAUCAAGAGUGCAGGAAACGGAGCGCAAGACCGCGGCCUAAUAGUAAAUCCCAAAUUUCCUCACGUUGGAUCGACACCCGAUUCCAAAGCGUGCUCUAACGGAACGACAGGACCCCUUGAGGUCAAACGCUCCGACUCUGCACGGGACGUUCCCGUACAAGAAGCCGGCGCUUCAGACAGUUUGCGUUUGGAAAAUAACGACGGACAAUCGAGGCUCAAAAGUCAUCCCAACUAUGACUACCAAGUCCAAGGACAGCCGAGUUUAGUGAUUUUUGCGGUCUACGCAAGAGUAGCGGGUCUAUUUGUUGAAAGAAUAUACCCAAACAUUGACUUUGUGGACAAUACGUUGAAUAAGGCGAGUCCAUUUUAUUUCCAACAUGUACAGUCUUGUAUCAGAAGACGUUCAACUGACCCACGAGUUUCUUUUUAGGGUUGUUUACAUUUGUGUCACACGGGAUGUUUGCGUUCUUCC